UUAACUUUUCUUUUUCUUUUGACGGAUGGUUAAUUUGCUUUAGGUUAGUCACUUGGUCCAACGCUCAAGCCAAAUACACCACUGCAAUUGCAAAUCACACUUUACUCUCAUCUUCAUUUCUCUCCUCCUUUGGAUCGAUCUUUCUGCAUUUCUAAAGUAAAUCAUGUCUCGGAGGUAUGAUAGUCGUACGACAAUCUUCUCCCCAGAAGGUCGGCUCUACCAAGUGGAGUAUGCCAUGGAGGCCAUUGGGAAUGCUGGAAGUGCCAUAGGUAUUUUGGCAAAAGAUGGUGUUGUUUUGGUUGGUGAGAAAAAAGUGACUUCUAAGCUCCUUCAGACCUCCACCUCAACCGAGAAGAUGUACAAGAUUGAUGAUCAUGUAGCUUGUGCUGUGGCUGGUAUAAUGUCCGACGCUAACAUCCUUAUCAAUACAGCUCGUGUCCAAGCUCAGCGUUACACUUUUUCUUACCAAGAACCGAUGCCUGUUGAGCAGCUUGUUCAAUCUCUUUGUGAUACCAAGCAGGGUUACACUCAGUUUGGUGGGCUUCGACCAUUUGGAGUUUCAUUUCUCUUUGCCGGGUGGGACAAGAACUAUGGGUUCCAACUUUACAUGAGUGACCCAAGUGGCAAUUAUGGUGGUUGGAAAGCUACUGCAAUCGGAGCAAACAACCAAGCUGCACAGUCAAUGCUUAAGCAGGACUACAAGGAUGAUGUCACUCGGGAGGAUGCUGUCCAGCUUGCUUUGAAGGUCCUCAGCAAGACUAUGGACAGCACAAGUCUUACUUCUGAGAAGCUUGAAUUGGCUGAGGUUUACCUUCUGCCUUCUGGGAAAAUUAAGUACCAGGUACACACUCCAGAAUCUUUGAACAGGCUGUUGGCCAAGUCUGGACUGACUCAACCUGCUGCACAAACCUCUUAAGUUAUGGCAUCUCUUAGUAUGAUUUAUGUCCUUAGAGCUCAUUCCAUGCUGAAAAUUCUGUAAUUUACUCUGUUAGAUUUGACUUGCUUGUUGCUUAAAUCGAUGUCUUGUCUUGAACUAUGCAAAAAAGGGCGCACUCUCCACCCAGUAGUUUUUGAUUGUUAUAUGCAAAAAAGGGCGCACUCUCCACCCAGUAGUCAUGGAUUCUUGUAUCGAUGAUGAUGGUUGAACUAGGUAACAAAGGCUUUCAAUUGUUUCUUCCAUUCAAAUGUUUAAGUUUCUCCUUCAUUUUUUUC